UACCAAAAUUGAUUUUUCGGACGACCCAACCCCAACCAAAGAAAAAGGAAAGAAAAAAAUAAAGUAAAAUUUCCAGUGUUUUUUAUUCUAUACGUCAAACAAAUCAAACUGAGGAAGAUUUCUUUCGUAGGAUUACAGGGAAAUGAAGCUCAAAAAAUUUCUAUCAAUCCAUGUUUUAUCAGUGUUCUUCCUAUUAGGAUUCAUAUAUUACGAGACAACAUUUGUAUUCAUCGAAGAUUGGUAUGGGUUGCAGAGCUCAGCUGGGCUGCUAAACUCUCUGAUUUUCAGCUUUCUAGCAUCUCUAUGCGUUUUUUCACUCUUGGUGUGUGUUCUAUCGGACCCCGGCGGCGUCCCAUCUGGUUAUGUCCCCGAUGUUGAAGACAGCCAGGGCUCGGAUCAAGAAUCCAAGAGAAAUUGUGCUUUGGAAUUUGAGAUAGGUGAAAAUGGGAAGAAUUUUCUGUUUUUCACUACAAUAUCAGACAGACACACACAUAAUCGGAGGGUGUUCAUACGAGGCUCUGUGACAAGUGCUCCAUGCACAAGCCUCCAAGGGCCCAUCAUUGUCGUGUCUGCAGAAGGCCUUAAAAACUACAAGUCAUUCCUUCUUUUACUCUUCUAUGCAACCGCUGGUAGCACUUACUCAGCAACUGUCAUAAUACGUUGCACACUUGAGAAGAACUGGGAUUUCCCCGACAACCAUCCAGUCAAAAUCCUUCAUGUUGUGUGUGGAGUUGUGACUAUAGUUGUAAGUCUUGUGCUUGGAUCUUUCUUGGUUUGGCACAUAUUCCUCACUUGUCGUAAUAUGACAACUAUAGAGUACUAUGAUACGAAACGAGCUGCAUGGCUGGCUAGGAAAUCCGGGCUGAGCUACCACCAUCCUUAUGAUGUUGGUUCUUUUAAAAAUAUUUCCCUGAUCUUGGGUCCGAACAUGUUAAAAUGGCUUUGGCCUACAUGCACCAGUCAUAUCAAGGAUGGACUUAACUACCCCUCUAUACGUGAUAGCUCGUGACACGACACAAAUUUUGCCUCAAAGAAUCAAACAUUUGUAUUCCUUUAUUGGCUGUUGCACAAAUUGGAUAGCAAAGAAAAUUCUAUUUUGCACGACUGCACGAGGGUAAGAAUACAAUGCAAUUUGGUAAGUACUUGGAGCUGCAAAUUCUAUUCCCUAGAAUUGUUCGACAGUUAUGUUACACGGAUGGCAGUGAUAUAGGUUAAAAAACCAUUUGCUCGGUUUUUGAAAUCUAUGGUAACUAUUCUCCUUCGUUGUUUCGGUCAAAGAUUCAUUUUAUUUUUAUUUUUUGCUUUUCUUUUGUUGCAUAAUAGUUUGUUUAGCCCAAGUGUAUGAUGUGUGUGGAAGAGGUUUAUGGGAAUAAUGUAGUGGUUUUUCUAAGUGAACACACUUGGUAAGAACUGCCCCAUUGUGUUUUGUUAUAAAGCUUUUGAUUGACCGAUUUUCUGAGCCUAACUGUUAAUGUUAAGUAGGUCGAUUUGUUAUAUUUUUUUGAAUAAAAAUGCAUAAUUAUACUAUCA